AUGGCAUCCGCAAAUUUCAAUUAUCAGGACAAUAGCAAUCCUUUUCUCGUUCCUAAUAAUACAGCACAAUUGCCACCAUUACCACCGUUACCACAGCAACAACUUCCCAUCUUCAAUACUAUCCAUAGCAAUAAUAACAAUGUUCUACAACAACAGCAACUUUCCUUCUUUAACGCUAACAAUAAUAAUAGUGCUCAACUCAAUAAACAACUCGAGUUUGAUAAUUUAUUAUUGGUAAAAGAGACGUCUGCGCAACUUUUAAGCUAUUUUAAUGUGCUUGCGGAAAAACUUGAUGAGUUGAAUGUGGGAUGUCAAGUUGUUGCCAAUGUGUUGCAUAAUUGGCAAGCGGUGUUUCGAGCUGUUUCUAUUGCCGAGACACCACAAAAUCAACAGGAGCAACAAUUAGGAGCGACUAUUCCCGUACUUGUGCGCAUUCCCAUGGAAAAGUAA